GGCAAUUAAAACACUCCAAGUUGGCAUAUUUAUUCACUAUCUAUGCCAAAUGUAUAAAAUGUUAUUAUUCUGAGACAUUUUGCCUUUUUGCUGUUAAAUUGAAAAUGAUGGCAUAGUUGCUUAUUCAGUACAAUAAGGACAUGUUGUGUAUAGUAUCUCUCUGCUAUUUAAAACUCAGGCUGCAUUUCAGGAUCAAGUGAGUCCGUGCAGGACUGUCAAGCUUGUCAGUGGUCAUAGUCCUGACAUUAAUGUACUUUAAUAAAAACAGUUUGCAUUUUAAUUCAGCACAGUCUUGGGGGGCAUGAACUUGGGAAAUUAUUAUUGACUGUUCUGCUUCAGGUUGUUUUGACUAAAUCCAGUUAAUGACCAUUUCUUUUUGAAUGUCAGUGUUCAGAGAAACAGCUGCUUUGGAUCAGAGUGCUGACAGGUGUCAGAUUAGAGGGACAGAGGGAAAGCAGGCAGCAGCUCUGGCAGGCAGCAUUAGUUUCAUAUAAGGACACAGCGAAAUGAGUAAGCAUGGCAACAGCUGACGUUGUGAUGCUAUAAACAACAUCAAGCCCACCAACCCAAUCAAAGACAAUAUUGCCUAAGCAGAAACACCAAGAAGUGCUCAAGUCAAUCAGGUCACAACCCCAGGACGAAAGGGAGAGAAGCUGAUAGCGGUUUAGUUUUUGCAAGUAACUGCAAGUUAGAGUUAAUCCCUGAAGUUUUCUAACAUGACGACAUCCAUGGAUUAUAAUCUUUUGUCCAAUGACCGCCAAACCAUGGACAACCUGGAAAAGCAGUUGAUUUGCCCAAUCUGUUUAGAAUUGUUCUCCAAACCAGUUGUUAUUCUUCCAUGUCAGCAUAACCUCUGCCGGAAGUGUGCAAAUGACAUGUUCCAGGCAUCCAAUCCAUACUGGUCUAACCGUGGCAGUUCUGCAGUGGGAUCAGGGGGUCGAUUCCGCUGCCCCUCUUGUCGACAUGAAGUGAUUCUGGACAGACAUGGGGUUUACGGCCUGCAAAGAAAUCUACUCGUUGAAAACAUUAUCGACUUAUACAAGCAAGAGUCAAUCAGUUUUGUUUGCAGACCCGAAAAGAAGACUGAGCAGCCCAUGUGCGAAGAACAUGAUGAUGAACGAAUCAACAUUUAUUGCAUGACAUGCGAAGUACCAACAUGCUCCAUGUGUAAAGUAUUUGGUGCUCAUAAAGACUGUGAGGUGGCUCCACUCACUAAUGUUUAUAAACGGCAAAAGUCUGAACUCAGUGACGGGAUUUCAAUGUUGGUGGCAAGCAAUGACCGAAUUCAGACAGUGAUCACGCAGAUGGAAGAGGCAUGCAGAAAUAUUGAGAGCAAUGGUAGUUGCCAAAAAGAAUUGAUGUGUGAGAAAUUUGAUGGUCUGUACACGAUGCUGGAGGAUAGGAAAAAGGACAUGCUGCAAAUUAUCACUGUGGAGCAGGAAGAAAAAACGCAGCAUGUUCGCUCCUUGAUUAGGAAAUAUGGGGAACAUCUCGAGGAGGUCUCCAAAGUUAUCGGGACUGGAUUACAGUGUAUGGAGGAGCCUGAAAUAGCAGUAUUUCUGCAGAAUACAAAGCCUCUUAUUAAAAAGAUUUCAGAAGCAUCAAAGAUAUCACACAUGGAAAAGAUAGAACGUGGCUUUGAGAAUAUGGAUCAUUUUUCAGCUGAAUUUGCAAAGGAAGAAAGGAUGCUGAAAGAGAUUGGCUUCCAGAGAUUUGAAGAGGAGACAGAGGAACUGGAAGGAGAAGAGGAAGAGAUGGAAGCCGAAGAAGCUGAAGAGAUUCACACUGAUGUGGAACAGUUCCUGCACCAGGAAGACACUGCCGAGGGUAUGCCACCACCUCUAGCUCCAGCAGAGACAGUGCGCACAAACACAGCUGCAUUGGCGGCAGAAAUGGAAAAUUAUUCAUUGCCAGCAGAUGCUGUUCAGCAGGCCGCAGCUGAGAUUCACAAUACACCGGAGUCUGGAACUCAGUUGCUGUCAACUGGAGAAGCAGCAGCCGCAGAUCCUUUCUUUUACCCUGCCUGGCAUAAAGCUCGUUCAUUGGACAAGAACAGCCCCAAUCUGAAUCCAGUGAGCAAGAGUUCAGAGGAUCUAGAAGUGGACAAGAAUGAAGCUAGUUCAGUUGCCACUCCAUCGCAGGGUCUAGCGUUCUUCAUUUCAGUUUUGGUUUUGAUGACCGCACUGCGCCACCUUUGGAAUCAGAUUCAGUACAUGAUUUUUUCUUUUCUGGGUAGGAAGAAUAUUUUUAAAUAUGGUAUCUUUAAAACAUAAAGUAGUUACUCACACUCUCCUCCUGUUUAAGGAACUAAAGGAAUAGCCUAAUAUUGAUAUAUCAAUCGCUUCAUAACUUAAAAUGAAAAAUGUUCCUCCACUUUUACCAAUUUAAGACACAUUUUCUCCAGUUUUGAGAUUGGGUUAUUCUGAUUGCUGCUUUCAGUGUUAUCUGACCAUAGACCAACAGAAUAUCUUAUCACAGAUUCUGUUUAUUUAUCUUCUCUAUCUUGAAAUCAUGAGAUAAUGAGAAGAGAUGAGACUUAAUUUAUACCUGCCUGAAUUACAAACCCAAUUUUCCAUUUUUGGUGUUCAAGUUACCAUUAGCUGACAACUGUGACUUUUUAACUUCAUACUAAAUACUUUUAUUUCCAAAUUUGAAAAAUCUGUGACAAAUUUAGUUUCCCCACAAAUUAGCCAGAUUCUGCUUUUGUCCUCAAACCCCAAUGAUAAUCAUACCAAUUUGCAUUUGUGAGAGUGAGAAACUACUUAUAUGUGGCAUAUAAAGCAAUCCCAGAAAUUAAUGAGUGAGUGAGUGGUGGAUUGAAGCUCUAAUGAUCUUUUCUGGAUGAAAUUUUUUUUCUUUUUCAGAAAUGCAUCAUUUUAUAAUCAAUGUUUCUUUUGCGCUUUGUGUGACUUUGGAACUUUUAUCACAUGAGUAUGUCCUUAAUUUUUCAAUUGAUUUUGAAAAAUAUAAAACAAAUAAAAGAUUGAAAAAAGUGUCCCAAACAAAAAGCUGAUCGUAAGAAAAACACACUGGAAGCAGAGUAGGGUGAAGGCUAAUUGCAGUUCUAUGUUCUUGCUCCUUACACUUUAAAAGCAUAAAAUAAAGGACCUGUC